AUGGCUGUAAUUUCGGGUCGGAGCCACAGUAUUCCGGUAUCGGAUCGGGUUACGCGUUCCGUUAGGGGCUCCAUAUUCACAUUCAGUUUCUUCGUUGGUUCAAUCACAAUCGCCGUCUCACUUUUCCUCACUAUCUCAUUUCUUUUCACUUCCUCUUCCAAUCCUGAUGAUGGUUUUCCUGUUGAUUCAUAUGGAUUUAGCUCGGGAUCAGUCCGAAGAUCGGUUCUGGCACUGAAAUCGGAUCCAUUAAAGCCUCGGAUAGAUCAGAUUCGGAAACAAGCAGGGGAUCAUAGAAGUUUAGCGUUAGCUUAUGCUUCAUAUGCGCGGAAAUUGAAGCUUGAAAAUUCAAAGCUUGUUAGGAUUUUUGCGGAACUCUCUCGUAAUUAUACCAAUCUGCUCUUGAAACCUCCUUAUCAGGCAUUGUUUGAUGCAGAGACGAAUUCAAUUGAUGAGUCAGUGCUGAGACAGUUUGAGAAAGACGUGAAAGCACAAAUUAAAGUCACACGACAAGUAAUUUCCGAGGCAAAAGAAUCUUUUGAUAAUCAGCUGAAGAUUCACAAGCUGAAGGACAAUAUCUUUGCAUUAAAUGAACAGUUGACGAAAGCGAAAAAACAGGGUGCUUUCUCAAGCCUGAUUGCUGCCAAGUCAAUCCCCAAAAGCUUGCAUUGCUUGGCUUUAAGGUUGAUGGAAGAACGAAUUGCACAUCCUGAUAAGUAUACAGAUGAAGGGAAGCCCCCCAAGAUGGAAUUGGAGGACCCAAAGCUUUAUCAUUAUGCAAUUUUCUCGGAUAAUGUUAUUGCUGCUUCUGUUGUGGUGAACUCAGCUGUGAAAAACACGAGAGAGCCAUGGAAACACGUGUUUCAUGUAGUAACAGAUAAAAUGAAUCUUGGGGCUAUGCAAGUGAUGUUCAAGAUGAGGGAUUAUUAUGGGGCUCAUAUUGAAGUGAAGGCUGUGGAGGAUUACAAAUUCUUGAAUUCUUCUUAUGUUCCAGUGCUUAAACAGCUCGAGUCUGCCAACUUACAAAAGUUUUACUUUGAGAAUAAGCUUGAGAAUGCAACAAAGGAUACAACAAAUAUGAAGUUCAGGAAUCCAAAAUAUCUUUCGAUUCUGAAUCAUCUCAGGUUCUAUUUACCUGAAAUGUAUCCAAAGUUGCAUAAGAUUCUGUUCUUGGAUGAUGAUAUAGUGGUUCAAAGGGAUUUGACGGGGCUUUGGGAGAUAGAUAUGGAUGGAAAGGUGAACGGGGCUGUGGAGACAUGUUUUGGAUCUUUUCAUCGUUAUGCACAGUACAUGAAUUUCUCUCACCCUCUGAUCAAAGCCAAGUUUAGUCCCAAGGCAUGCGCAUGGGCUUAUGGCAUGAAUUUCUUUGAUUUGGAUGCUUGGAGGAGGGAGAAGUGCACCGAAGAGUAUCACUACUGGCAGAAUCUGAAUGAGAAUCGAACACUGUGGAAAUUAGGGACAUUGCCUCCAGGUCUUAUUACAUAUUACUCAACGACAAAGCCACUAGACAAGUCCUGGCAUGUUUUGGGCCUUGGAUAUAAUCCAAGCAUAAGCAUGGAUGAGAUUAACAAUGCUUCAGUCAUACACUUCAAUGGGAAUAUGAAGCCAUGGCUUGACAUUGCAAUAACUCAGUUCCGGCCACUCUGGACUAGGCUGCAUGAGGGAAUGGCAUUGAUUUUCAUAAAUGACUGA